AUGGAAAGACCGAUGAAUAUUGACGUGAAACAAAAAGCAUGUGUCAAAUGGAAGAUGGAAGGCGACGAAAACUCAAAAUUCUUUCACGGUUUUAUUAAUAACAAAAACAGGAGAAUCGGAUUAACGGAUUUCUCGUCAACGGAAAAAAUCAAGGAGUCAUGGCCUUCCGAACCUAAAUUAAUGAACCUGUAUUUUCGAUCUAUCAUGAAUUCCAUUAAAGCGCCAUUUUCGUUGGAAGAAAUUAAAGAAGCCAUCUGGGCUUGCGGAAGAGAACGUGCCCCCAAACCUGAUAGUGAUGUUAUAUCUUGUGUCAAACAUUUUGAGGUAUAUGGUAACUUGGCAGCUGGUUGUAACUCAUUACUCAUCUGCCAUGUGCUAAAGAUUAAAGAUCCAUCCGUUCUUAGCGAAUACAAAUUGAUUAGUCUAAUCGGUUGUGUGUACAAGAUUAUCGCUAAAGCUCUUGCUUCUCGUCUCAAAUCAAUCAUCGGAUUUGUGAUUGAUGAUGUGCAAUAUGCCUACAUUAAAGCCUUAAAGGCCGAAACAUCCUUGAUGGACUUCUCUGUUGGGUUUUUAUUCAAAAAUUAG